UAACCUAGUAACCGUAACUAGCCAUUACAUAACAAAGGUUCUGUUUAUGUCAUAAAAGUAACCGAACCACAUCAUGAUGGAACAUAGAACAUACCUGAAGGUAAAUCUAAAUUCUACCUCACUCUUUGCUGAGACACUGCAGAGGAUAGUUGGUUUGCUCAAAUUCAAGUUCAGAUUUAUUUAAAUAGCGUUUAUAUAGCUUGGAAAAUAGUCACAUCUAUAUAUAUUUUUAUAUAGCCGGACACCUUUUUGGUGAGUGAAUGGGAUUUUUCCGCUUCCUUAACUGCUGCACUGCAGUGCCAGUGGAUGGAGUUCAUGGAGGGGUGGUGGAGAGCGGAGUGAGAAGCACCCAGGAGAUUAGGAAGGAACUCAAGAAGUACAAACUUGAGGACUUGAAGAGAGAGCUGGAGGCUUUGGGCAUUCAGCCCGAUGAGGACCGUAAGAAUGAGAAGAAACUCAAGAGGGAGCUGAGGAAGGUUCUCCUGAGGGAACUGAAGAGAACGGAGCUGGAGAGAGCCGGGAACGGAGGCGAGGUGGGCGGCAAGGAUGAGGCCGCUGAGGCUCUGAAUGGGGCCCUGGAGAGGGUGGACCCAGAGGCAGAGAAAGGAGCGGAGGAGCCUGCAGAUGGAGGAAGGGCAGCUGAUCUGGACAACGCUGAGCAGCAGGAUGGAGACUCGGCUGCAAAUGGUCCAAUGAAGGAGAAGGGUCAAAAGGAGAAAGUUGCCCUGCUUAUCGACCUACUGGGUGACAUGACUGACAGGGUGGACGAGGUCAAUAGUAUCCUGAGCGAGGCCGGAUGUGUUCUGAGGCUAGUUAAAGCAGCUGGGGUGACCAAUCCAGAGGAAAAGGACAUUGACCAGGAUGUAGUGGCUGUCCUGGAUGACCUGUUGGACAAGGUUGACUCUACUAUGACUCUGACAGGAGAGCAGCAGGGAGAGAAGGACAGUGAAGUAGUGGCCGUCCAUUCUGAUAUGGUAGCCAAGGUUGACUCCAUCUCAAAUCAAGCUACUACCAAGAACCACAGGAAUGUGGAGGACGCCACUGAAGUCUCUGCCGUGCUAAAUUACAUUCCAGAUGGGGUGGAUAAUGCUAUGAAUCUGGAAGCUGAGCAGAAAGCAGAGAGGGACCGUGAGGUGAAGGCCGUCCUCUCUGAUGUUUUAGCCAAAGUUGAUUGUGUCUCAAAGCAACAAAGAGCAAGAGAGGAGGGAACAGCUGGAGCAAUUUCUGUUCUUAAUGACCUCCUGGAUGGCGUAGCCUCUGCUUUGAAGCUAAAAGAAGAAAAGCAGGAAGUGAUAUCCGAAAUAAAGACUGUCCUGAACAACAUUCUUGAAGACGUGGACUCUAAACUGAAUUUGACCACAACACUGAAAGGAGAGGAGAAGGAGGGCACGUCUGUGGCGAAGGCUGUGCUUACUGAUCUCUUGGACAACGUAGACUCUGCUCUGACAGAGCAGGACAAAGGUGCCACUGAGAUGGCCCACAUAGAGCCUAAGGGUAUUCUGGAUAUGGUGGACACUGAACUGAAUCUGAUCAAAGAACUGGAUGUGGUUAGAAAGGAGGAAAAGGAGAAAACUGAGGCUAUGCACUUGGAUGGAGGUGAAGCAGCACAUAACAUCAAGCUGGACAUGGAACUUCUUGAGGGUGAAAAAAGAGCUGAUGUCACUGCCACUAGUGUGCUGAUCUGGUUGCAAACUGAAAGGAGGAUAGAUACAUGUCAGCUAAGAUUCUUUACGCGUAUUCAUUUGCUUGUAGGUCUGCCACUGGCUCAAGCUGGGCACCCGAGUGUAGGAGAAGCUGCCGCCAAAGACAAGAUGGUGGACAAAGAAGCACAGGAAGAUGAGGAGAGUGUUUUACCAACCGAACACAAACACAAACACAAGACGAGAAGAGGAAAGCGAGGCAGGGGAGCCAAGAGAGGAGCUAAAGCUAAAGAGACCAGGGAGAGUGACCACCCAGGCGGUCAAGACGUAGACAACGAGAAAAGGAAGGAGCCCGAGAGGCAGGGCGACCGAGCAGGAAACAACGUGCUGGGGAAAGACCAAUGGAGACCCGCUGCUGUGGACAGGCAGUGGAGGGGACAGAGGUUUGGGCCCAGUGGACACAGAAAACAAUCCAGCCAUCAGCCUGUCCGAGAGGACAAGAAGGGAGAGAGGGUGGAGAGGCAAAGAAAACCACCAACUGAGAGAGGACAGAGGCGCGGACAGGAGGUGACCACCCCAGCACAGAGGCACGGGAACAAACAGCCCCAGGACAUGGGAAGGAACCGAUUGAGAGAGAGAGAUAACACAGAUUGGAACGGAAGGAUGGAGAGAGGAACCAGAGCUUGGUGGAACAGGGCCUGGGAGCAGGAGAGCCAGGCUGAGCAUGGCUGGUAUGGUAGAGAUGGGUACUGGUACUGGGCUGGCCCGAGGAGAAGACCUGCAGUGGACAGGAGAGACCGAGGAGGAGACCUGCAAUAGAAGACCGCAAGCAGAGGAAGCACAGUCAUGAUUAGCCUGCCUGAUAAGGCUGCUGCUGCUGCUGGAGUCUUGUAGACUUCUACUGUGCUACAAAAUAUCCCUUUUAUCACAUUAAAUCUAAAUCACAAUCAUUAUCACUCUUUAUUAUUAAUUAUCACAUU